AUGGAAGGCGUCGAUCUCCAAUCCGUCCUCAACAAAGGCAAGCAGAUGGCCUCCAACGUCGCCUCCUCCGCCACCAACGGCACCGCCAAUAAGAAGAGAAGAAAGGGCACCGACUUGAAGCCCAUCGUCACCAACGAUUCCGCGAUGCCUCCUGGCGACCAACCGGGCUCGACAGGCGAUGGUGUCCCGCCGUCACGGUCUGGCUCCUCGUCCUCCGAAGAAGAAGUCGAAACCACCGCCGAGGAGGAAGAUUCAGAAGACUACUGCAAGGGUGGCUACCAUCCCGUCCAGAUCGGAGAGCUCUACAACAAUGGCCGAUAUGUCGUCGUGCGCAAGCUGGGGUGGGGUCACUUCUCGACUGUCUGGUUAUCCCGCGACACAACGACAGGGAAACACGUCGCCCUGAAAGUCGUCCGGUCGGCCGCUCAUUACACCGAAACCGCCAUCGACGAGAUUAAGUUAUUAAAUCGCAUUGUCCAGGCCAAGCCUUCCCACCCUGGGCGCAAGCACGUUGUUAGCUUGCUUGACUCCUUCGAGCACAAGGGCCCGCAUGGGGUCCACGUUUGCAUGGUAUUCGAAGUACUGGGGGAGAAUCUUCUCGGUUUGAUUAAGAAAUGGAACCACCGCGGUAUUCCCAUGCCGCUUGUGAAGCAGAUUACGAAACAGGUGCUCUUAGGUCUCGAUUAUCUUCACCGGGAAUGCGGGAUUAUCCAUACCGACCUGAAACCAGAGAACGUCCUGAUCGAGAUCGGCGAUGUCGAGCAAAUCGUGAAGACAUAUGUUAAGGAGGAGGAAAAGAAGGCACAGAAGGAGAAGGAAGACAACCGCAACGGUCGGCGGAGGCGCAGGACAUUGAUCACCGGCAGCCAGCCCCUGCCGAGUCCUCUGAAUACCAGCUUCGAUUUUAAACACAGCUCCCAAAAUUCUCACAGCAGCCUCAGCCAGCUUGUCAAUGAGUCUCCAGGUCCUGAAACCCCGUCGAUGAGACAAAUACUUGGCAUCAAGGAUGACGAGGAGCAGCAAAAGCAGAGAGAAAAGACUGCUGACUUGCUGGAACGAGAGGUUUCUGGAAUUUCACUCGAUAAGUCAUCCUCGAAUGACGAAGAGGUUGAUUGUGGCAUCAUCUCCGUGAAGAUUGCCGACUUGGGUAACGCAUGCUGGGUUGGCCACCAUUUUACCAAUGAUAUCCAAACACGCCAAUACCGCUCGCCCGAGGUUAUUUUGGGAUCCAAAUGGGGAGCGAGUACCGACAUAUGGAGUAUGUCCUGCAUGGUUUUCGAAUUAAUAACCGGCGACUACCUGUUCGAUCCUCAGUCAGGUACUCGGUACGGCAAAGACGAUGACCACAUAGCUCAAGUUAUUGAGCUGCUUGGUAACUUCCCGAAGUCGCUCUGCCUUUCAGGCCGCUGGUCACAAGAGAUAUUCAACCGCAAGGGCGAACUACGCAAUAUCCACAGACUCCGCCAUUGGUCGUUACCUGAUGUGCUCAGAGAGAAAUACCACUUCUCGCCGUCACAGGGUAUGGCCAUCAGCGACUUUCUCCUGCCGAUGCUGGAGGUGCUACCGGAAAAACGUGCAAAUGCUGGUGGUAUGGCAUCACAUGAAUGGAUGAAGGAAACCCGGGGGAUGCAAGAGGUCGACCUAGGUCUCGUUCCCGGCAGUAGAGGAGAAGGCAUUGAGGGAUGGGCCACGGAGGUGAAGCGGAGAUGA